UGCGUCUCUAAAUAAUUUUUUAUUCACAUUUCCAAAAAGGCAUGAAAAAAUUUGAAGAACCAAAGACAACAAAAUCUGAAGAUGGGGUCGAUUUCAUCAGUAACAUGCCGGAUUCUAUUCUUCUAUUGAUUCUUUCCUUUCUUUUCUUUACAGAAGAAGUAAUUCAAACCAGCAUUUUGUCCAGACGAUGGAGGUAUCUGUGGACCUCAAUUCCCUCUCUAGACUUAUUUUCCCGAUUUCACCGAGAAGACAAAUUAAAAACAGACGAAUUCAAAGACUUUGUGUUUUGGGUUUUAGCAAACAGAUCGGUCGAUUUGUAUCGUUUUAGUUUAGAUUGUUAUGAUUACUACAGCAUGUCGACAGUAAGGCGGUGGAUUCACAUGGCCGUUACAAGAAACGUCAAACAACUUCAGUUGACGUUUUACCCUGAAGAGGAGAAUGAGGAUGUCGAGCUGCCCCAUUGUCUUGUGACUUGCUGUUCCUUGGAGGCAUUACUGUUGGAUUUGAAUUAUCGUGGUCUAAAGUUGCCUAAUAUUAUGGUGUUUCCUGGCCUUAAGGAUCUUUAUUUGGCCUAUGUUGACUUGGGUGACGGCAGUGUGGUAAAAGGUUUUCUGGAAAGCUGCCCUUCGCAUGAGUAUCUGGGUUUGUUAGACUGCAUGCUAUGCAAACUUGAUCUUCUUUGUAUUUCAAGUCCGAAGCUCAAGAAGCUUAGCAUUCUUAAUGUGGCCCUUAUGGAUGAUGGCCAGAGUGGCGGAGUUAAGAUUUCCUGCCCAAAACUGGUAGAUUUGGAGUUAAGAGGUCUUAUAGCAAAUAAUUUUUUCUUUGAAUGUCUUGACUCCUUAAAUAAAGCAGGAAUUGAGCCUAAAUUGACCGGGAACAUCAAAUCUGUAUUGUUUCCUGGAAUUUCUCAUGUGGAACAUCUGUGGAUUGACCUUUACUUCUUUAGUCAGUGCAUUAAUGUUGCACGUAAUCCGGCCCUACCUAAUCUGAAGACUCUGGCGCUAAUCACAGCAAUUGAUGCCUUCACCAUGGAUGAACUCAUUCGAAUUCUCAAAUAUUAUCCCAAACAAGAGUCUCUCAAGUUAAUUGUUAAAGAGGAAUUUGAUGGGCCGGAAGAGCGGGAGUUGCAUGAAGGUGAUGCAAGAAAAAUGAUGACUCCAGAUGUGAAAAAGCUUGAGUUUUUUGAAUUUAAGGGAGAAAAGCCGAAUCUCGUUUUAGAAUGGCAUGAAGUCACAAUUAUGGAAAUAGUUUUUAGUUGGGGUACCAAAGCCGAUUACUUUUCUUAUAAUAGAUUAUGA